CCACGCUCUGGCCGCCGUACUUCUGGACGUCGUGCCUUUUGUCGAAUUCUUGAACUUCCUCUUCUCGUCCUUUCAAUCGACAGCAACAUCUUGAGAACCGUACCACUCAAGACACCGCCAAGAUGGUCAAGAAGAGAAAGAACAACGGCCGCAACAAGAAGGGCCGCGGCCACGUCAAGCCCAUCCGCUGCUCCAACUGCUCGCGAUGCACUCCCAAGGACAAGGCCAUCAAGCGCUUCACCAUCCGCAACAUGGUUGAGUCCGCUGCCAUCCGUGAUAUCUCGGAUGCCUCGGUGUUCGCUGAGUACACGGUUCCCAAGAUGUACCUCAAGCUGCAGUACUGCGUCUCUUGCGCCAUUCACGGCAAGAUUGUCCGUGUCCGUUCCCGCGAGGGCCGCCGCAACCGUGCUCCUCCCCCGCGUGUCCGCUACAACAAGGACGGCAAGAAGGUCACCCCUACCCAGGGUGCUAAGACCGCCUAAAUCAGGCGACCUUAGCGGCUUCCUUGCGACAAACCAGCUUCGGGGUUAACAGGCGUUUUCUGCGUUGGUCGGCGUUUCGAUUUUCUGGGGGUUUAUAUGGAAUGAACAUGAGGCCGAAAGGCAGAUGAUAUCAUGACAUGGCGCUUUUUUGCACAGAAGCAAAGAAGCUGGCAAUCACCGGAUACACAAACGGAAUCGGAAUGGGCAUGGGUUCCUUCGACCAGUUAAGGGAUACCAAGCUAAUAGUCUACCAAUAAUGAGCACCUGUUGAUGAACAACACAUUCGUCUCUUUGUGCCUCCCGCUUGCUUUUUGCGCUCGAUGUCUGAGAAUUCGUCUUCACUAUCUUUAGGGCGUUUGUCGACUGAUAUCACUCGUCCCAGUCCAACAUUGCUCACCCUUCUUCCACCGCUCCCUUUUCAUCGCCCUCGACUCUCGUUCAUCGUUACGGCCUUGUCCUGUUCCUCGCCCUUUUGACUACGUCAUUUUGCAGCUUGACCCUGCGAAAAUGCUCACAACACAGCCACUGCAGUGGCAUGCCGAUAUGGUCGAGUCGCCUGGGAAGAGAGUCAGCGAGCGAAGGCCGUGAGAGUGGGCGCAACGGAAAACUAGGUGGUGCUCAAUCCUCGUGCCGUCCUGUCUUGAGCUUCGUUUGAGACUCGAAGGCUAGGAUAAGAACUUUUGGGGGAUUGACCUCGACGGUCCAUUGCAUUCGCUUACCAGGCCCUUAAUGCGUCCUCGGGUCUUUCAUACCAAGGCGCACACCCUUUGCUGCACAAUCCUUGCCUCAACAUCGUGGCGAUCAUGCCAUACAUGCCACGACUGGACAAUCACCUUGAGGAUAUUGAUCAUUACUUAAUGAAGUGGGUAGCUACUUACGAUGUGAGCCGAGCUACUGAGAGGAAGCCCUCGUCGAUCACGUCACUUAUAAUGACGGGGACAUUUCAUGUUGACUUGCUAGAUAAAAGGCAUGCAUUUCUAUGUCAUUGUCGCUUAUUCACUCCUCGUCGCAGUGAAAUCAGGCGCGGCCGGGUGUUGAAAGAUAAAACUCAUCACUUCGAGGUGACGGGCAACAUGCUCUUGGGAAACUCCACAAAAUCUACGGGUUCGAAUGGCAUAGGUCACCGGGC